AUGCUUCCUGACGGCCAAGUGUUUGCCCGGUGGACUCCGACGCUUGCGCUUGCGUUGUCGGGAAUCGUUAACCCUCGACACCUGCACUAUCCCGUGCCCAUCCAUCACAGUCCCAGCUCACGAGCACCUGCCCACAGCCGCGGCCACGCGUGGCCCUCGCUCGCUCUCCUCCCUCAGGAUCCGCGCCCCGGCUGGAGCGAUGCCCCGAGAAACCCCUCUGCCCGCACGAAGGCCCCGGCGGCGCCUCCCCUCCCGCACCGCAGCGGCGGGGCGAGUCUCCGAGGGGGAGGAGCAGCGCGGGCUCCCCGCGGACACCCCACCGGGAAGGCGUUCCGCGCAAGCCCGGCGGGCGGGGGAAGGAGCAAGGAGGGUACCGGCGGAGGCAGCAGGAGGCGGCGACGGGGCGGGCAGCGGACCCGGGGCGUGGCGCGGUCCGGCGGCGCCGGGAGGCGGCUCAGUCCCCGCUGCCAGCCGAGGGCGGCCGGCCCCGCGGAGCAGCCGCCCAGCCCGGCCCGCCCCGCGCCGAAGCCGCCGGCCGGCGAGGGCGGCAGCAUGAGCGGCGGGCGUAGCGGGCGAUCCGCCGUGAAGAUGGAGGCGCCGUUUUACCCCGAGGAAGGACUGGAGCUGCUGCCCGACUUCGUGCCGCUGCCGGGUUUCGGUACCGCCGGCGGACCCGGAGCCGAUGCGGCGGCGGCGGGGCAGAAGCUGCUGCUGGGCGCCGGGAAGAAGCGAGACCUGUCGGCCGCCGCCCCCGCGCCGCUCCCGGGGCCCUUCACCCUUCGCCCGCCCGCCGGCGCCCGCGGUAGCGCGGCCGCUCUGCGCCUGCUGCCGCCGCCGCCCGCCGCCGCCCCGCCGCCCACCGCGGGCUCCACCGAGCCGGGCAGCGGCGGCGGGGCGGCGGCGGCGGCGGCCCGCGGCGGCCCGGAGGCCGCGCUGGGGUCUGCUGCGGAGCUGCCACUACUGAAGCUGCCGCCGGCCGCCGACCUGGAGCAGCUGCUGAUCCAGGGGGGCGCGGGGCUGGGCGCGGGCAGCCCGGGGCCAGCGGCGCCCGGGGCUGGGAGCGGCGGGGCGGCGGCGGCGGGGCCGUUCCUCUACCGGCAGCCGGUGACGCAGGAGCAGGAGGGUUUCGCCGACGGCUUCGUCAAGGCCCUGGCCGACCUGCACAAGCAGAACCAGCUCCUGGCGGCGCCGCCGCCGCCGCUCUCCGCACCGGGACCCUGCUGCACCGCCCGCCCGGGGCCGCCGGGAGCCCCCGCCGCUGCUGCCGCUGACCCUCCGGCCGUCUACACCAACUUGAGCGGCUUCAACCCCGCGGGUCCGCUGAGCCCCUCGGGCAGCGCCUACUCCGCCGCCUCCGCCCCGCCGCCGCCGCCGCCGGGCCUGGCCUUCGGCGCGGCGGGUCUGGGGAGCGGGCGGCUGCCGCCGGCGCGGUCCCUGGAGGAGCCGCAGACGGUGCCCGAGGUGCCGCCGUCGGCGGGCGGGGAGGGCGGUAGCAGCGCGCCGACGCCGCCGUCGCUGUCGCCGCUGGACGCGGAGAGCCAGGAGCGGCUGAAGGCAGAGCGCAAGCGGCUGCGGAACCGCAUCGCCGCCUCCAAGUGCCGCCGGCGGAAGCUGGAGCGCAUCGCCCGGCUGGAGGAGAAGGUGAAGGCGCUCAAGGGGCAGAACGCCGAGCUGGCCGCCACCGCCAACCUGCUCCGCGCCCAGGUCACCCAGCUGCAGGGCCGCGUCCGCAGCCACCUCUCCUCGGGCUGCCACAUCAACGCCGCCGGGCAUCCUCCUCCCCAUGCCGCCGCCCAGCCCAGGGAGGCUCCCCCCGAGGCUGCCGCCGCCGCCGCGCCGGAGACCAGCGCCUGCUGAGGAGGGACACCCCGCCGGCCCCGGCCCCGUUCCGCCCGGGGGGCUCCGCGGGGCCAAGGGGACAUGAGUUCUUGUGCUGGAGUUCUGCUUUGGGUGGUAUCCUCUCAAGUCAGUGAGGACUAACUGAAGAAACAGCAAAUCCAACCUUUAUGAACUAAUUCUUCUGAAGCACACAGAUACCUGCAAACACAUAUCAAGACGCUGUGCAUGGACACCUGCAUGCAUAGAGAAGGGCAUGACCAAAUAAAGGAACUGUGAUUUUCCUUAGCUGCAGCAGUACACAAUGGGGUUUUUAGUAUUCUUUUGUUGUGGUCAAGUUUUUCCAGAAGAAAACUAAGCUGCAUUUCUGCCUGUGAUUACAAGGUGAUUUUUUUUUUUUUUUUUUUUUUAGAUUUCCAGUCAUAUUGGAGGACUGUCACAUCUUGCGAUGCUAAGUUAAUGCAAAAAGAUAAUUUUAAAGUCACAUUUAGCCUUAAUGUUAUCUGAAGUGCUGCAGUUUGUGUGUAGUAGUUUACUGCAAAGUGAAGGGAUAGUUGUUAUGAAUAAUGUUUGUAAGGGAGUCAGCCUAAAUGAGUACCUACCUGCCCUUUGCUUUUUUGUGUGCUAUCUAAAAGUGUGUACCCAUGGUGUAGCUAGCUGUAAAUUGAGCUUUGCUCUGAAUUUCUAGUAUUAGUAAGAAACACGGUCUGCAAUAGUUUAAGGAGUGUAUAUUCUGGCUAAAUGACUUUUCUGAAAGAAAUUAGAAUAUAAUUUCUGUAGGAAUGCUUUGAAGUGAUGGUUGAGUAUGAAGCCUUGCUAACAUGGAGAUAAUAGAUAUGACCAGUUCACUGUGCACUAAUACACUGCUAGAUUCUGAUGUUUAGCACACUGCUGAUAAGAUUUACUACUACUGUUACUUACUAGUUAAGACCUAGUUAUGGGUGGAAUUGUAAGUCACCUAAGUAAGGUCCAUACAGUCUGGAGAGCAGUGUCACUGGAGAUCAGUAACAGACCCUCCAUCCCAUCCCCGGGGGAAAAAAAAAUAAUAUCUUUGGUUGCAGAAUCUGUUUGUUUUGGUUUUGGAAGUUCAGUUACUUUUCUAGAUGAAGUCCUAUUUUACUCUUCCCUCGAAAUCUAUUUAAAUAAAUUUUAAAUCCUUUCUGCUAAGUACCUUGAAGCAUCUCUUGCAGCUGGUCCCUUAUAUAUAAUCAGUGGCAACUGUGCAAUUGUGUUAUUACUUCUGUGAUAGAUGGAGAAAGCUGAGGCUGUUAACAGUCAGGCGUCUCUCUGUAUCCUUGUUCUGAGACAGUGGACUGAACACAUGAAAAAUCAUGACCGGUAACUUGAACUCCG